AUGAAGAAGAACGACGUUCCAGAAAGCUACGAUGAUCUCGACGUUUCGGACAUGAUCAGGACAGGGAAGCUUCGCUCGCAUAUUGGGCGGUCAUCUCCAGAGCCAGUCGCCCGAAAUCUCAAGAUCGAAGUUCCCUUGCUUCUCUGCGGCGAUGACCACACCAGUACCGUACAAGGCACAAGAGUGCUCGCGCUGGACGAUUUGUCAGAUGCCAAAGAAUUGAUAGAAAGUAGCGACACACUCUCCGGCUCGGACGGUCCAACGGGUCAACUUGUAGCGCUGUUUCAAACAAGCGCAGCAAGCGUGACGAGGUUCGCUGAGCAGGAGAAGCUUCGGCCACUCGACGCUACGGUUAGGGUCACCGUUCCCGUUAUGGACUUCUCCAUACCUGUCCCCGAGUGGGAAGAGAGGAUCUGGGAGGCUAAGGAAAUGUUCCAGUGGGUCCAGAAGAACCUGGGUAUUGACUGGUAUAACAGUUUCAAAUGGCCACACAACAGGGCAGCGGAGCAAAGAUUGGCGUGGGUGCCUCUGCCCCACGUGAGAUCGAAGAAGCUGGUCUUGGAACAGCUCGAGGUCAAUGCCGCUUCCCUCGAGUUCUUCCUCGACGGAGACAGUGAUGAUGAAAGUUUCACCAGUGCGAAUUAUGUCUACAAAGAGCCGGGACUUGCUGUUCUUCGAUCGGAAACCAACGAUGACGAGGGCUACCUGGCGCCGCUCCAAAUGUCCGUACAGCCGUUGCUAGGUGAUUCCAAAAACACCGGGUUUGUGGUGAAGAUGACAUCCCCUGGCGAGCCGGCGCCGACACUGCUGUCCAACUCGCCCUCGACUGCUAGUGGCACGGCGUCUACUUCCGCAGAUUUGACAAACCUCCUGAACAGAAGAAAGCGCCAAAUCGAGGAAGCUCUCCUUAAAAGGCGGCCCGAUGCUGAACAACGCUGGCCCCUCGCUGCCGAUCCUGAGGUUUCGGCCUCAGACAUCAUCGACCCAACGUUGAUCUCAUCGACGAACGUUCUAAGGGGGUUCGUGAGCGAAUACACCGACUUUGGGCCGCUCGUAGACAACUUCCUCGAGAUGCACUUCCCAAAGAAGCAGAAGCUAACCCACAGCUCAUAUUUUACCCAACAAGCAUCGACGAAGUCAGCAUCUCAAUUCAAGUCGGAUGAAGCAGCAAGGCUGAUGCCCCCUCCUCCUAAACCCGUUCCGGCCCUCGCGCCAACCAUCAACCGUCCUGAAACCCCCCCUCGAAUUGUCAUAUCCUCCGCCAUUUCCCCCAAUCUGAUCCAGCAGCUCGAGCGCCUCGUUCCUGCCAUCGAACUGAUCCCCCGCAACUACGAGAGACACCGGACUGAUUGGUGCCAUUCAGGUACGGAGCUUCCAAACCUAGACGAAGCGGACAUCGUCGUCUCCCCCGCCACUGGUAUCCUUGUCACGACAAUGGUUCAACUCCGACAGAGGGCCAUCCCGGGGGGCCAGCUGAGGGAGUCAAAGACAUCAAUAACAUCGGUGGCGGCGGUGGUAACGAAAACAACAACCACAACCAACUUUUUCCAUGUCCUGGAGAGCGUCGUCGUCCGCCAUGAGCGGGUCGUGGUGCUCGUUUCGGAGGGCAACAGGCACAACGAGACGGCCAGCCCCCUGUCGCAGUCAGACGCGCGCGCGCUGGCCGAACUUCAAGGGUUUGGGGCUGGCUUGUCAGUUGCCACGGCGCAUGUGCACGUUGUCUAUGUCGGUGGCGGCGUGGAGACGCUGGCGAAGUGGAUCGCGGCCGUGGUCUGUGAGAACUACGCGAGGGAGGCCGCGGCGGUGAGGGAAUUGCUGCUGCCAGUAGAGACGUCCUGGGAGGUGUUUCUGAGAAGGGCGGGGAUGAAUGUGUUCGCUGCGCAGGUUGUAUUGGGAAAGUUGAAGGUGCCAGAUGGUGGCCCCGCGAUAGGCGGUCAGGGUGGGCAGAUGUUCGGGCUGCCGCUGUUCGUAACGAUGUCCAGGGAGCAGCGGGUUGAAUUGUUUGCAGGCGCGCUCGGUGGCCGCAGAGUCCUCGAUCGCGUGAGCGAUGUCAUCGACGGACCAUGGGGAAAGCGAGCAGUGAACCAGCUGGUGGUCAACAGCACCAUGUCGUCCAAAUGGGAAGCAAACUGA